CGAUUGUAUGUGCUGGAUAUUCGUUCUAACGCAAUGACAGCCCAUUUGCACGCACGUGUGUUUGCAUCGCUAUGUGACACAUGAUUUGGCAUUUGUUUUGCUCAAACGUCAAAUAAGCGCCCUACGAAACAUGUCUUCACAACACAACCUUCUACAAAGUAAACAAUUUAAGUGCAGCGUUAGUUCGGUGCUCAACAAAGAUGUGAAACAACAUGGGAAGACGUUCAUGUUCGAUGGCUUGGAGGAUACAGCCUGGUAUUCAGAUCAGGGUCUGCCACAAAACAUCAACAUUGUGUUCAAUGAACCGCUCGAAUCGUUGGAUUUAAGUACUUGUCAGUUGAAAAUUAAAUUCCAAGGUGGUUUUGUGGGGAGUGUUAUGACUGUUUCGCUAGAUGAUUCCAGUAGUCAAAACGUGUACAAAAAAUGUUUUUACCCAGAUGAUAUAAAUGAUAUGCAAAUCUUCACGCUGGACGCCGAAUCGAAUGGAAAAAAACUAGAAAAUGUCAAGAAAUUGUCGAUUGUAUUUGAACAAAGUUCCGAUUUCUUUGGCCGAAUCAUCAUUUACCAUUUAGAACUAUUGGCAUGAACCAACCAUUUUCAAAACGAAUAUAUUUGUAAAAAGAAAGCAUCCAAAUAUAUGCUGUUCCGCCGCUAGAACGGGUUUAAAUUUAAGAGAAAAAAAAAAGACUUGAAAAUGAAUGAAAACCACAUUGCGAUACAAUACAUAAAGUGAUUC